AUGGACGGCUUCGGCUCACCCGGCGAGGAGGACAUUGAUCUCUACGCCCUCCUUGGUAUCGAUAAGAACGCAACACCAGAUGAAGUCAAGAAGGCCUACCGCAAGGCUGCACUGAAGUAUCACCCCGACAAGGUCGCCGAGGACCAGCGUGCCGAAUCCGAAGUCAAGUUCAAGGAAGUCACCCAAGCCUACGAGAUCCUUAGCGACGAUGAGAAGCGCCAUCUUUACGACACCCACGGCAUGGCCGCCUUCGACAAGUCCCGGGGCCCUGGACCGGAGGUCGACCUGAACGACAUCAUCUCCCAGAUGUUCGGGUUCGACAUGGGCGGACCAGGCGGCCCCCCCGGCGCUGGAGGACCGAGACGGCCGCGCAAGGGCCCCGACGAGCAGCAGGAAUACAAGGUCACGCUCGAGGAACUCUACCGCGGUAAGACCGUCAAGUUUGCGGCGAACAAGCAGAUCAUCUGCACCCAGUGCAAGGGCAGCGGCGGCAAGGAGAAGGCCAAGGCGACCACCUGCGACCGGUGUAAGGGCAACGGCAUGGUCGAGGCCAUCCGGCAGAUCGGUCCCGGCAUGAUGCGACGCGAGACCGUCAUUUGCGACCACUGCCACGGCUCCGGCCAGUUCUACAAGGAGAAGGAUCGGUGCAAGAAGUGCAAGGGCAACCGCACGGUGCAGGAGAAGAAGGCGAUCGAGAUGUACAUCCCCCGAGGCUCAAUGCAGGGCGAGCACAUUGUCCUGGAGGGCGAGGCCGAUCAGGUUCCUGAUCAGAUCCCGGGAGACAUUGUGUUUACGUUGGUUGAGGAACCUCAUGACACCUUCACACGCCUCGGAUACGAUCUUUCUGCUGAGCUGAAGAUUUCCCUGGUUGAGGCGCUGUCUGGGUUCAAUCGGACGGUUCUGAAGCACCUCGACGGCCGUGGUAUUGCCCUGGAACGGGAGAGGGGCAAGAUCCUCCGACCCGGUGACAUUCUCAAGGUUCCUGGGGAGGGUAUGCCUAUGAAGAGGGGAGAGACCAAGGGUGAUUUGUACCUGAUUGUCGAUAUUGAGUUCCCUGAGGAUGAUUUCUUGAAGGAAGACUCUCAGCACGAGACUCUCGCCAAGAUGCUGCCCCCGCCGCUCCCAAGUGUGGAGGCUGAUGAGAUUGACGAGGUAGAGUAUGAAGACGACGCAGACAUUGAAAAGGACUCUACUAACCUGCGGGCACUGAAGAUGGGCGAGAACUCGGGAGACCCCCGGUUCGACAACGAAUGGGAAGAUGACGACGAGAUGGGAGAGGGCCAGGCUCAAUGCCAUACUCAAUAA